ACUUGCGUGCUUUGCUUUUGCAGAAGAUCUUCAAAUUGGGGUGAAGGGCAAAAUGUUGAACCAAAAUAGUCAUUUUCAUAUCUUAUUUUUGGCAAUAUAUUUGCUCUUUUCCCUUAAUUUUUUCUCUACUAGUGUCAAUGCCCAAAUACCUUUGAGGAGGCAUUUAUUGAGCCAUGAAUCAGAACAUUAUGCAGUAAUAUUUGAUGCUGGAAGUACUGGAAGCAGAGUUCAUGUUUUUCGUUUUAAUGAGAAAUUGGAACUUCUUCCUAUUGGCAACAAUAUCGAGUUUUUCAUGGCGACAAAUCCAGGUCUAAGUUCAUAUGCAGAAGAUCCCAAAGCUGCAGCCAACUCACUGGAGCCACUUCUAGAGGGAGCUGAAGGUGCUGUUCCUAAAGAAUUGCAAUCUGAAACACCCUUGGAACUUGGGGCAACAGCAGGUCUUAGGAUGUUAAAAGGGGAUGCAGCUGAAAAAAUUCUACAAGCGGUGAGAGAUUUAGUCAAGAAUGAAAGCACCUUCCAUAGCAAAGAUCAAUGGGUUACUAUUCUUGAUGGCACUCAAGAAGGCUCUUACAUGUGGGUCGCAAUGAAUUAUCUACUGGGAAAUUUGGGUAAAAAUUAUAAAAGUACAACAGCAACAAUUGAUCUUGGAGGUGGUUCAGUCCAAAUGGCAUAUGCCAUCUCAAAGGAACAAUUUGCAAAUGCUCCUCAAAAUGUUGAUGGAGAACCCUAUGUUCAAGAAAAACAUCUCCUGGGAACAGAUUAUAACCUCUAUGUACACAGUUAUUUGAACUAUGGGCAACUAGCAGGUCGAGCAGAGAUUUUCAAGGCUUCAAGAAAUGAGAGUAAUCCUUGCGCAUUGGAAGGAUAUGAUGGGUACUAUUCAUAUGGAGGAGUGGACUACAAAGUAAAAGCACCAAAAAGAGGUAGUAGCUUGAAGAAAUGCAGGAAUUUAACUAAGCAGGCCCUUAACAUCAAUGCACAAUGCAAGAACAAGGAUUGCACAUUCAAUGGGGUGUGGAAUGGUGGUGGUGGUGCUGGACAAAAGACUGUUCAUGCCUCAUCAUUUUUCUAUGAUAUUGGUGCUCAGGUUGGCAUUGUUGAUAAAAAAUUUCCAUCUGCUAUAGCAAAGCCAAUUCAAUACUUAAAUGCAGCUAAAGUUGCUUGCCAGACAAAAGCAGCAGAUGUAAAAACUGUAUUUCCAAACACUCAAGAUAGAAAUAUCCCAUACUUAUGCAUGGACUUGGUAUAUGAGUACACAUUGCUUGUCGAUGGAUUUGGACUAAAUCCAUACAAAGACAUAACAGUGAUGCAUGAUGUCCAAUACAAAAAUUACCUUGUUGGAGCAGCAUGGCCAUUGGGAUGUGCCAUUGAUUUAGUUUCUUCAUCUUCAAAGAAGACCAGAAUAUCAUCAUCUUAGUGUUAUGUCAGUCAAUUGUAACAAUAAUUUCAUGCCCUUUGCUUUGUUUUUUCAAUCUUGUAUUCAAUUGCUUGAUAUUAAUGGGCAUUUCUUUGAGGGGUUCUGAAUUUUUAUUUAAUAUCUUUUCCAACA